AAGGAAGAGCGGGUGUGGCCCAGCUGACCACAAGGGCUUCCAUUGACGACACACACACCCGCCGUCAUAGCCAUUUGGCACGAAGCCCCACCACGUCGUCCGGGUAACAAGAUUAUUUUUAGCCGAGGGAUCGUCGCCAAGGGUCGGAGCCAUGACUGAAGAUAAGAACAGUGUGAAGAACGGUGCAGCAAACGCAGAGAUGGCGCCCCAGGAGGACGGCAGCAAGGUUCCUCUCACCAACGACGGACCUGAGGUAAAGUUUACCUCCAAUGAUCCACCAAAUGGAGAUGCAAAGAUUGACAUGCCUUUGGCCCCCACCUUUAGUGGCCUUACUAAAGAGGAGUUGAUGAAGUAUAGCAAUGACCCAUUUUGGGUUCGACUUCGCUGGGUUCUGUUCAUCCUAUUCUGGCUAGGUUGGGUAGCCAUGCUGGUGGUGGCAAUUGUCAUCAUUAUUCAGGCUCCACGCUGUGCUCCAAAGGAGACCCUUGAAUGGGUACAAGAAUCUGCCAUGAUGGAAUAUGAUGUGGAGAACCCUAUUGAUGUUGAUUCGACUGAUGGUGCUACUCCUAUGGACAUGGUGACAAUGGCAAAAGAACUUGGUGUAACAACAAUUUAUUUGCAAGACUUGAUCAAUCCCAAUGACUUCGAAACACUAAAUCCAAAGUACACCAAAGAAGAUGUUAUGGGCCUCCUUGAAGCUGCCGAGAAUGGUGGUCUGCGCAUCGUGACUGACUCGGUGCCAAGCCAAGUGGGACCAGACAACAACUGGUUCAAGAACCCCAAUAUGAGUGACUAUUUUAAGCCAAACUCUGGCGGCGUCUUGGACUUCAGCAACCAAGAACUCGUGCAGACACUGACGGAACUCUUGAGUGGCAAUUGGAAGGAAAAAGGAGUAGCAGGAUUCUUGUUGGAGAGUGCAGAUACCGAGGAGUUGGUAAAUGCCAGCCAAGCAAUUAACGAAGCCCUGAAGCCAAAUGAUGGGGCCUUUGUUCAUGGAGUAGCAGACAUGGCGAGUGAACUGGUGUCAGGCUUCAAUGCCAAGAGGUUCCGUAGCUUCCUUCAGGAACACAUUGAUGAUUGGACUUAUUAUAAGUUCAAUCCUAGGGUGGCUGCAGGAAGUAUUCCGACUGAUGUGGUACGUUUGGUGACCCUUUCCCUCUUCUUGGUGCCUGGGACACCAAUCCUUCAUGGCUUUGAUAAACCCUAUUUUGAUGAACAGAAGGAAUUCAUCAAAGCACUCUCUGAAUUGAGAGAAAAAGAAUCGGUGAAAGUGGGCAACAUGACGUUUGUGGAAGGUGAUGAAAAUGUCGUAGCAUAUGCCAGGAUUCCAGUAAUGAAGGGUACUCCUGGUUAUGCCGUAGCGGUUAAUCUGCACGAUACUAAUAAUGCGACUGUAGACUUUACCACAAUAGCAGGGGUGUCUGGUAAAGGUGACAAUUCUCUGAGAUCAACAUCUGAGGUUCCUGUUAGCAGCCUUGAUCUUGGACGGUCGGACAUGUCUUCAGUGUUCUUAGAACCAUAUGAGGGCAUAGUCAUACAGUUCGUGCCAAAUCUCUAAUGGCAAGAAAUAUGAAGCCGAUUUUAUAUCCUGGACAUUAGGCUGCAAUAUAUGAAGAGCAGUCUAACACUGAAGAUGUUUUCAAAAUCUUGGAACCAUUAAUUCCCCAGCAGAUGACUAUUAGAGGCAGAAGACACCACCGGAUUAUUAUUUUUUUUUUUAUAUAUACACGGUUAGAGAAUUUUAAUAUUGUAUUGAUAUUUUUAAAUUACUGUAUGUACAGAACUACAGUAUUUGUUAUAAGUUAUUGUUCAUGAAGUUUAUAAGUCUAAUCAGAAAUUCUGAACAUUUAAUAGUCCGGAUCAUUUUAUUGUCAUUUGACCAGUCUGCACAUAUGAAAUAAAAGAUUGAGUAAA